AUGUGGCAUUUAUUGAUCGUGGCUCUCCUGGGGCCGGUCUGUGGAGAGGGAGCUGUGGAUGACUUCACUGUCAUGAACAAACCAAAAGCCCACAAGGUUGUCGGAGGGGAUGAGGUUAAACCCAAUAGCUGGCCUUGGCAGGACCAGGGGACCCCUGCAGCAGACCCUGCAACUCUGCAGGACCAGGGGACCCCUGCAGCAGACCCUGCAGCUCUGCAGGACCAGGGGACCCCUGCAGCAGACCCUGCAGCUCUGCAGGACCAGGGGACCCCUGCAGCAGACCCUGCAACUCUGCAGGACCAGGGGACCUCUGCAGCAGACCCUGCAGCUCUGCAGGACCAGGGGACCCCUGCAGCAGACCCUGCAACUCUGCAGUACCAGGGGACCCCUGCAGCAGACCCUGCAGCUCUGCAGGACCAGGGAACCCCUGCAGCAGACCCUGAAGCUCUGAAGGACCAGGGGACCCCUGUAGUAGAACCUGCAGCUCUGCAGGACCAGGGGACCCCUGUAAUCUCUCUGCAGUACACCUACCCCAAUGCAGGAGGCUGGGCUCACACCUGUGGAGGAAGCCUGAUUUCUCCCUUCUGGGUCAUGACUGCAGCUCACUGUGUGGAUUUUGAUGAUGGUGCUAUUUAUCGAGUGGCUCUAGGUGAGCACAACCUGUUUGAGAAUGAAGGAACUGAGUACCACAGGGCUGUGGAUAAGGUCAUCAUACACCAGCAAUGGACUGGCGCUUUAGAUAAAGGGUUCGACAUUGCCCUGCUUCACCUGGAGAGGCCUGCGUUUGACAGUGGCACUGUAAAGAUUGCAGUGUUACCCCGCCCCGGAGAUAUCCUGCCCAGCGGCUUCCCAUGUUACAUCACUGGCUGGGGCCUCACAGAGAGUGGAGGGGAGGCCUCUCCGGUGCUGCUCCAGGCCCUCCUCCCUGUGAUUGACACCCUGACCUGCUCCACUCGGGAAUACUGGGACUUCUACUCCAGUGACAAAGUGAUCUGUGCCGGGGGGGACGGAAGUCUGGCCGGGUGUCAGGGAGACUCCGGAGGUCCGCUGAGCUGUCUGGUUGAGGGAGUGUGGCAAGUCCAUGGCAUUGCAAGCUUUGGCCCCGUCAUCUGUAACACCUACAGGAAGCCAACGGUAUUCACUCGGGUCUCAGACUACAUUGACUGGAUCUGGGGAACAAUGGAAAGCAACGGAGGCGCCUUCUAA